CAAAUGAUAACUGGUAACAUUUUAACUGACGCCUCAAAAUGGCGGAUUAUAUAUUUGUUAUCUGUGUGAACAGUAAAGUGCGGUCUGGUGAUUGAAAUAUAAUUCUAUUUAUUCCGUAUUCGUUAUAGUGAAUAUUUUAUAGUAGACACAAUGGCACGAAACAAAUCUCCUUCAGUUACAUCGGAAAAAGAAAAGAAGAAACCAAAGGAUAAAAAGAAAAAAGGUGAUUCGGGAUCCAGCAGUAGUGAAAGUAGUGGAAGUUCUUCGGAAAGUAGUUCGUCCAGGUCUUCAUCGCGUUCAUCAUCAAGUAGUUCUGGUAGCUCGUCACGAUCUUCUUCAAGUUCCAGCUCGUCCAGCAGCAGUAGCAGUAACAAUGAUAGAUCCAGAGCUAAGAAAAAGAUUUCACCAAACAAAAGUCCAGUUAAAGAUAGAAGGGAGGGAGCUGAUAGGGAUAAGGCGAGAGAUAGAUCACCUCUGAGUGAUAAAAAAAAAUUAGCACCACCAUCAGCUAAUGACAAGGUCAAAAAUAAAGAGAAACAUGAAAGGUCACCAGGUCGUAAAAAACGUGAACGUUCACCACCCCCGCGUCCCACUAGAAUACAUAUAGGACGUCUAACAUUAAAUGUAAGCAGAGAUCAUAUUCAUGAAAUCUUCUCAACUUAUGGCACCGUAAAAGCUGUGGAGUUUCCCAUGGACAGACUGCAUCCUCAUAAUGGGCGAGGGUAUGCUUAUGUGGAAUUCAGCAACCCCGAUGAAGCCGAAAACGCUAUGAAGCAUAUGGAUGGAGGUCAGAUCGACGGUCAAGAGAUCACAGCGGCGCCCGUGUUGGUGCCGUCCCGUCCGAGACGGCCUUCGCCUCGUCCGCCGCCACGACACGCUCCGCCGAGACGACACUCCCCACCACGGUACCGUCGUCGUAGUCCUCCGCGGCGUCGCUCUCCUCCUCGUCGUCGUCGGUCUCGAUCACGUUCCCCGCGCGUCGCCCCCCGCAGACGACGCUCAAGGUCCUCCUCAUCUUCCUCCCGGUAGACAUACACACACAUGCUUAUGCCCUUAUUACGAUACACACUGCCACAUACAACAAUAACACUGAUAUACAGUCCUGACUUGACAAUAUGAAACAAUAGACAGUGUAUUUCUUCACUCCAGUUUUUCCACAUUGUUGAUAUUGUAGAAUGUGAGACCUCAAAUUGUUUACACAGAUCAACACUGUUUUCUCCAUUUUUCAGUCUCGAAGUAAUGUCCACUUUUUCUAUAACAGUAAAAAUACGUCUUGGAGCCAUAUUUGGAAGCUUGAGAAACAUUUUUUACUCACUGGAAUUUGCUAGCUAACCGAUUCAUAAUUUUAACUUCCUGUAUGUGCUAAGCAAUUCUACAUGCAAACAAAGCAUUUACUUGACCAUCUACAAAUUUAAACAAAGAAUAAAAAAGCUCAAUAGUUUUAUGAAUGUUUUUUGGUGCUUUUGCCGACUCAGUCGCAAUGUUCAUAGGGGAUUUCUAGGAAUUUGUCACAAAUGGUUUAUAAAAACAAGUCGCUAUACCCGAAAUAAACGCUAUAUCAGAAGUCGCUAUUACCGAAAGAGUUUCAUACGAAAGUAUGCUUUAAAUUCAAGGGACGUAAGUUUGACGUCGCUGUAACCAAAAAGUCGUUAUUAAUGAAAUCCACUGUACCCUAAAACUGAAGUCAACAGAUUCACACAUCACACCCGACAUUCCAGAUACUUAUAGGUGAGUAUACAGUCAAUACACAGAUUAGUUUUAUAGUCAAAUGAGGGCCGGAAGAGGUAAGUAUGAUUUUGUAAAUAUGGUAAAUUAAUUACAAUAGGAACAUUGACUUGAUGAUUUAAUUAUUUGUUUCUUGUUAUAAAAGCUUGCAAAAUGGAAACUGACCAGAGUGAGUGAUCAGUGCAAAAUAAACUAGACGUAUUAUGACAGUGCAGUGAUUUAUGUAUCUUAGUAAUUUGUUUUGUAACAAUAAAUGGAUUUUGUUUAUAAAUUCCGAAACGAA